CUCCAUGUGAAACUCUGCUCAACUCAAGUUUUCACUCUGUUUUUUCUGUUUUUAACAUUCAGACUCUCUCGUCUUAGUUCUUCUUUCGUACUGCACGUGUUUGCCCGAAUAAGAACACACAAGUCUCGUGCGAAGCCUGUCCACGCACGAGACUCUUUAGGAGACUUGGGGAGCAACAGGAGGAUUUACGCACGAGCGAGACCCGCGGGGAAUAAUAAAGUGGAUUUAACGGAGACGUCGUUCACGCGCUGCGGUUCUCCUGAGUCUGUCACCGGCAACCCCUGGACCUGUCUGACCCGGGAUAACAGCUGUCUGACCCGGGUUUGCCCUCCAUCAUGAAGGUCUCCGCGGCCAGUGUGUCUGCACUGGUCAUGGUCUUAGUUCAGGCCCUGGUUCCUCCUGCUGCAGGAUACAGUCUGGAUCAGGACCACAGUCUGGAGUUUAAAGGCCCGCCUUCCUCCAUGUUUGGAUACUCAGUCCUGCUGUAUCGCCACAACACAGAGAGCUGGUUAGUAGUUGGAGCGCCAGUCGCAAACACAUCCUCCGAUCAUUCAGUGUCUCCAGGAGCUGUUCUCCGCUGCAGCAUCGCUGCUGCUGGACCCCGGAAAUGCCACCACAUGACUGCUGAUGUGUCUUGGUGUGGAAAGACGUGUGAAGCCGAGCAAGAUCACCAGUGGAUGGGAGUCAGUUUAUCCAGACAACCUGAAAAGGAAGGGGGGCACAUCCUGGCCUGUGGUCACCGCUGGAAGAACGUCUUCUACUCAAAGAAAGAUGGUCAGAACAACAAGCUUCCGAAUGGGGUGUGUUAUCGUUUUGGCAGCGACAUGAAAACUUACAAGGCUAUGACCCCCUGUUACAGAGACCACCAAAGGAAGUUUGGGGAGGAUUAUGGAUCAUGUCAGGCGGGUAUUUCCAACUUCCUGACAGAGGAUCUGGUCAUCAUGGGGGCACCAGGGACAUCUUACUGGACUGGUUCAGUUCUGGUCUAUAACACCACCAGUGGGAAGAUUUCAGCCUACCUCGAUAAUGACAACACUGAAGCCGUCAAAUUUGGAAGCUACCUGGGCUAUUCUGUUGGAGCUGGUCACUUCCUGAGUCCUGCAAGUGUGGAGGUGGUGGGUGGAGCUCCACAAUACAAUCAGAAGGGAAAGGUCUUCAUCUUUACAGCAGACAACAGUGUGCUACAGAUUGUCGCCCAAGUCUCUGGAAAAGAGCUGGGAUCCUACUUCGGCUCCAGUAUUUGUGCGGUGGACCUAAACGCCGAUGGAUUGUCAGACCUGUUGGUCGGUGCUCCGAUGGCAACGGGCAACGUGAGAGAAGAAGGGAGAGUCCAUGUGUACAUCAACCAGGGGCAGGCAAAGCUAGAGGAGGAGCAGUUUCAGUUGACUGGCAGCAACGCCUACGCCGCCCGAUUUGGAGAGAGCAUCGCAGACCUGGGAGACCUGGAUGACGAUGGUUACCCUGAUGUGGCGAUUGGUGCUCCACAUGAAGACGACCUUAAAGGAGCCGUAUACAUCUACAACGGCAGAAAAGAGGGCAUCUCAUCAACUCCAUCCCAGAGGAUUACUGGAUCCACCCUUGGCCAUGACCUCAGGAUGUUCGGCCAGUCACUGAGCUCUGGCAUUGACAUUGAUGAUAACGGUUACAAGGAUGUGGCAGUCGGUGCGUUCCUUUCUGACUCAGCCGUGGUUCUCAGGACCCGUCCAGUGAUUCAAGUGAACGCGUCUUUGAUCCUGCCGGAGCAGAUCGACGAUCGGAUGGCGCUGUGCCGAGAGCUCAAGCAUCCAGCUCCCUGCUUUAACGUUACCAUCUGCUUCAGUGUCCAGUCCAGACAUUUCAGAGGGCACAUAGAUCUUCAGUAUAAUCUGACCUCUGACCUCCUCCAUAAACCGUCCUUCCCACCUCGGUUCUAUUUCCACGGUAACGGAUCGUCCAAUAUCACAAAUGAGCGUGUACGAGCACGACAGGGGCAUCUCACUUGUGUGGCCCAUGUGGCUUACCAAAGGAAAGAUGUGAGGGACAUUUUUACUCCGGUUCAGUUUGUGGUUUCUUACAGUCUCAGGGAGACAAACAGCCGCAGAGCCUCUUCCACAUCCUUCCCUCCGUUAAAACCCAUUUUGCAGCGGAGCGUAGGACACCGCAACACCAUCACCAGCCAGACUCGUUUUGCUCGUUCCUGCUCCCUGGUGAACUGUUCGACAAACAUGCAGCUGUCAGCUCAUCUAGUGCUCCCACAUCAGCAGGAGUACUUUGCGCUGGGAUCCGGGCAGACUAUCAUGUUGAAAGCCUCACUGCUGAACUCUGGAGAUGACGCCUUCCUGCCACGACUGACGCUACGGUUGCCCAGCAACAUCCACUACAUUAAAGUACUGCAAAAUGAGGACAAUGUGGUCAGAUGUGAUGUCACACAAGAAGUCAAUGCUACAACAGUGAGUGUUGACUGCAGCGUGACCAGCUUCCUCCUUCCAGCGCACACCCAGCUGAAUAUCAGCUUUCUGUUGGAUGUCAACCAGAACAGCACACCUGGCCAAAACCUCAUUCACGUCAACACCAGCAGUGAUAACUAUGAGAGGAGGGAAUAUCUCCAUGACAACUCCAUCAGCCUCACCCUUCCUCUCAAAUAUGGAGUCAAUGUGAACAUCCACGGUUUUGUGACUCCCUCCUCUUUUGAAGUUGGAGAUGAAGACUUGAUUUCCACUAACUGCUAUUCAGAAAGCUUCAAUUACACAUACAAGGUAUUAAACUCCGGUCACAGCAGGUCAGUCGAUACUGUGGUUGAAAUUGCGCUGCCGAAGAUCCUCACACCUUACCGUCACAGGCUGUUGCAAGUGGUCGAUUGGAAGUCGUCUCAAGGCGUGUGUUACAUCAGUGACACAACUGUUUCAGUCAUCGACGACUGCGACGCCCCUCAAGCUUCCUUCAUCAAACAACUCAUCUUCUUCUUUUCGCCCACCUCCACCCGUAGAAUGUUUUGUGGUCGCACCGAUAAGGCUUGUGAGUGGUUAGUGUGUCGCCUCGGUAAUUUGGAGGCGGGGAGAGAGGUCACCAUCCAACUGGAAGCCAACCUGAAUCCUGCCGUACUACGGCAAGCUCCGGGUCGCCAUGGGAUCAUGAUCCUGGAAAGCAUGGCAGUGAUGUCAUCACCUAAACAAGAUAAUAACACCAUCCUCAUCCAGGAUCAUCCUGUAGCACAGGUAUGCGUGGAAGCAGUUUUUACCCAGAAACCCUCAGCAAUGGUGAAAAUCUUCAUUAUCGUUGUCAGUUUAGCCGUGGGGUUAACCAUCCUGGCAGCUCUCAUCUGGUGUCUGUGGAAGGCUGGAUUCUUCAAGAGAGAAUUACAUCAUAAGGAGGAUGAGUUCAACAGAGACAGCUGGGACUUCGUUCCCAAGCACAGCAAAAGAGAAAGCACUACCUAACCCAGAUUCUUCUCUCUGCCCGUGAUCUGACCCUAAGGUGGAGUUCACAUUGUACCUAUGAAAGAGUGCUCAUCAUGCCUCGGUCUUACUGCAGCACUGUGAACGUCAUCGGUCAGUGAAAUUCGUCUACGCUCCGAGGGUUUGAGUCUAACACGUGACAGUGAACGCCUCCUGAAUCUGACUGUGACCUUUUAAACUAUUUUGCCAACAUGCUUUCACAAAAAGGAACCAGAGAAAUCCAAAGACCUGAAAGAACAAAGACUGCAGCGUUCGAUGGAUAGAGGAUUAAUUAAAAGGGAAGUGAACCGGAAGUCAUCAAAUCUGAACCAAUCGGAAAGCCUCGGAGCUUCCUGGGAUUAAUGACCUUCAUUUUGACUCUUCUUUUUAGGAGAAAACAAAACAAAGAACAUCACUUUCUAUGAUCUCAGGUGAUUUAAACUUUUCCUCUGAUUGGCUCGUAGCUCUGGGAAACCUUCCUUUUGUCUGUGUAACUUAUUUUCUGAAUUUUGUUCACCUGCUGACCAAC